AUGGAGAGCAAACAAACAGACGACUUGAGGCUUUCUGCCGUGAUUGGCAUCAACGGUACCUCCAAGAGAUGUGUUGUCAUGCAUCCUGACAACCAAAGGCUAAUAUUUGCCCUUGGAUAUUCCGUUGUUGUCCGCGACCUCAAAUACAGCUCAGAAGCUUUCCUAUGCGGGCACGACAACCGCGUCACCUGUAUCGCUGUAAGCAAAGAUGGGAAAUAUCUCGCCAGUGGGCAGAUGACGCACCCAGGGUUUGUUGCGGACAUCAUUAUUUGGAGCCUCGAAAACUUUCAUAAGGUCUCAGUUGAGUGCCUUGACUUCUCCUGUGACGGCAAGUUCCUGGCCAGCUUAGGUGGGGAGAGUUGUAACACCUUGGUGUUGUGGAGCGUUGAGGAGAGGAAAGCCCUUUGCCGGACGGCGGCUGCACUGGACUCGUCGAAAUGCUUGACAUUUUACAACAAAUCGCCGAACAUGCUUGUCUCUGCUGGAGCCUCUCAUGUUCGCAUUUGGGAAAUUGAUGCUGCUACAAAGAAAAUGACACCACGAGAUUGCAAUCUUGGUAAACUCCGCAGGACAUGCAACUCACUUGUCCUCCACCCGGCCGAUGAAUUUGUAUACUGCGGGACUCAAUCUGGGGAUAUCCUAGAAAUAUCACUACGGACGGGGCUAUUUACGCGAAGUGGGCCCCCCAAGCGGCAACUUGAGGCGGGAGUUACUGCAGUGGCUCUUGUCCGCAGUCAACUUUUUGCAGGCACUGAAGACGGCCAGCUGCUUCGCCUGGGGACAGACAGACUGUCUCCAGCCAGCUUGUGCCAGGUUUCUGGAGCGAUUACCUCUCUCGUUGCAGCUCCUGACAGCUCCAUGCUGUGGGUUGCUACGUCAGCGAACAAUCUCUACAGAAUCGAUGCUCGCACGCUUACACCUCACCUCAAGCAUUCGGCGCACGUUGGGAGCAUAAACCAAGCGACAUUUCCGGAGGAAUGUUCUCAAGUAGUGGCCACGUGCUCAUUAUCAGACGUGAGGAUAUGGGACGUGAAGACGUACAAAGAAAUUUUAAGAAUUCAACUCCCUGGUGUGGAGUGUUUGUGCGUGGAUUUCGCUCCGGAUGGCUCCUCCAUAAUAACCGGGUGGAAAGACGGAAGAAUUCGGGCAUUCACCCCCGAAACAGGAAAGCUGCUCUUUUGCAUUGAACAAGCACACAAGGAUGGAGUCACAGCGAUCGCAGCUACUCGGGUCGGCAAGAGAUUGGUAUCGGGUGGCAUGUCCAUUCAGGCGCUCACCGCUGCUGAGGAUGGCACGAUAAUUGUGUGGGACAUGGCAACAUACACUUCUAUUCUAUCGAUCAAUGAAAGUACAAUCUUCCGAAGUGCGACGUACUGUGCGGAUGAGGUUCACAUCGUGGCAACAGGGAGUGAUCGGAAGGUGCACUACUUCGAUGCUCUAGACGGUGGAGAUGACCGCUUCCUUCGACUUUGGGAAUACGAUUCUGGCAACUGUAUCGCGCAAGCCCGCUGGCAUGCCGAUACAGUGCGGUGCGCUUGCUUUAGCCCUGACGGUAGUGUCCUCGUAUCUGGUGGUGACAGCGGAGUCAUCCACUUUUGGCAGAUUUCUGAGCAGCUUCAUCUACAGAACACUGCCGGGGAGUAG